UGCACUAAUGCAACUUAAUGCAACAGCAUUUAACAGCCACUCAGACCUCUUGGACACUACAAUCAUAAUCAACUACCAAGAGAAGCACCACAAGCGUUGAAACAACAGAAGCAUGAAUUUGGAGGUGGCCAAACCCGAAGGAAAGACUGGCAACAAAGCUCCCCUCAGAGCCACGGCCCCCGGCUCCCCACGCAAGUCUGCACCCAAGUUCAAACAGAGGAACACGCGGCAGUUCAAGAGCAAGCCUCCCAAAAGAGGAGUGAUUGGCUUUGGAGAGGAGAUCCCAGGAAUGGAAGGUCUUGGAACUGACAUCACUGUAAUCUGCCCAUGGGAGGCAUACAGCCAUCUAGAGCUACAUGAGCUUGCCCAGUAUGGCAUCAUCUGAUCAUCUCCGCUGUGAAGUUGUUUUAAAUAAAUGUGGCAAAUUUUGAAUUUCAGUAUUUAGUUUCAAUAAUCUGGAUCAUUAAUACUGGCUGAAAAGGUGUCUUUAUACGUCUGCAUGCUGUGAAUGCUGUUCUUUUUUCUUAUAUAUUUUAUAUUGUAAACCUAAUUUUAUAAUGAUCUCAAGCUGCCAUGUUCACAAAACGUGUAUCUCGAAUGUGUUCUCGUGUUAUUGCUUGAGUCUGUGGUUUUAGCUAGAACUCUGUUAGCUUGGUUUCUGCACAAUCGUCAGCACUGUCUUUAUCAUAUUUAAUCAAAG